CUUUAUUAUCAGAGCACAGAUAUUAUGUGCCUGUUUUGAUUAAGGGGGAGGAGGGAAGAGAGAGAGAGAAAGUUGGGAUUUGAUAAUUUGAUGGUCCAAGAUUGUAUCCUCUGCUAGCUGCAAACACAAUCCACCGAAAAUGGCUGUCACUGCUCCCUCUCUAACUGCUACAGAAAAGAAGCACUGGUGGCUUACCAACCGAAAGAUUGUUGAGAAAUACAUCAGAGACGCUCGUAGCCUCAUUGCGACACGAGAACAGAGCGAGAUCGCUUCGGCUCUGAACCUUGUUGACGCGGCUCUGGCGAUUUCUCCCCGGUUGGACCAAGCGCUUGAACUGAGAGCGCGGUGUUUGCUCCAUCUGCGGCGGUUCAAAGACGUCGCCGAUAUGCUUCAGGACUACAUUCCGAGCCUAAGAAUGGCGAACGAUGAUUCUGGCUCUGUUUCUUCGGAUAGCCCUUCUCAGCAGCUUUCGAGGGAGGGAGUGAAACUUCUCUCAUCUGAGUCGCCGGCUGGGGAUCAGAGUUUCAAGUGCUUCUCUGUCUCCGACCUCAAGAAGAAGGUCAUGGCAGGACUCUGUAAAAGUUGCGACAAGGAAGGGCAAUGGAGAUACUUGGUUUUGGGUCAAGCAUGCUGCCAUCUAGGCCUAAUGGAGGAUGCAAUGGUUCUUCUCCAAACGGGAAAACGCCUUGCCAGCGCUGCAUUCCGCCGUGAGAGCGUGUGUUGGUCCGAUGAUAGCUUUUCUCUAUCAAGCAUUCCCUUCGCCGGAGACACAACAAACCCACCACCCACCACUCCACCGCGAACCCCUCUGAGUGAAUCGGAGAGUGUAACCCAUAUCCUCAGUUACAUCAAGUUCCUUCUCCGCCGCCGCUCCGCGGCACUCGCAGCCCUCGACGCUGGCCUUUAUUCGGAGGCCAUCCGCCACUUCUCCAAGAUCAUUGACGGCAGGCGUGGCGCCCCACAAGGCUUCCUCGGCGAAUGCUACAUGCAUAGAGCCUGCGCACACCGUUCGGCAGGUCGAAUUGCAGAGUCCAUAGCAGACUGUAACCGAACCCUUGCACUCAACGCUACUUGCAUUCAAGCCCUUGACACCAGAGCUUCGCUUUUUGAAACCAUUCGUUGUUUACCGGAUUGCCUACACGAUCUUGAACACUUGAAGUUGCUCUACAAUUCAAUCUUGCGUGAUCGCAAGCUUCCUGGCCCUGCAUGGAAGCGUCACAACGUGCGUUACAGGGAGAUUCCUGGGAAACUCUGUGCCCUAACAGCAAAGAUUCAAGAACUGAAGCGGAGGCUUGCUUCUGGGGAUACUGGUAACGUUGAUUACUAUGCAUUGAUUGGUUUGCGACGAGGGUGUUCUCGAUCUGAGUUGGAGAGGUCUCACUUGUUGCUAUGUUUGAGACAUAAGCCUGAUAAAAGUACGAACUUCAUAGAGAGGUGUCAGCUUGCGGAUGAACGUGAUGCUGAGUCUGUUAAGGAGAAAGCGAAAAUGUCAGCUUUGUUGCUGUAUAGAUUGGUUCAGAAGGGUUACACAAGUGUGAUGGCUAACAUAAUGGAUGAGGAAGCUGCUGAGAAGCAGAGGAAGAAGGUUUCUAUGCAAGCUGCUGCACAAGCAGCAACAAUUCAAGUUCAGAAAAUAACUGAACAACCUGAGUUUAAUAAGCCAGAUAAUAGGAGCAGCAACAACAACGUUUUGGGGGAAAAUAAGUCCACUGUAUCCUCUUCAAAUGUGAAUCCUGCAGUUUUCCAAGGUGUAUUUUGCCGUGAUCUUUCUGUGGUUGGGAACUUGCUUUCACAGGUGGGGUUUAAUCGACCAAUUCCGGUGAAGUAUGAAGCUUUGAGCUGUUAAUUGAAUUUUUCGUCGAAAAUAGAAAUAUUUGGUGGGGAGCUGUUGGAGAUGUUACCGGCAGAGGGAAUCUUGUAAAAAAUCUCUGGUUCGUUCACUUUAUUGUACAAAAGCAGAAAAGAAAAUAUAUUAGACUGCCGGAAAAUUUUGUCACCUUUUCCUUUUUAUCUUUUAUUAGCCAUCUUUUAUCUAUCAGAUGUACAGAUUAUAAUUACUGAAGGCUCUCCUUUUGGAUCUUGGCUCUGGCUUGAAC